AGAGAGAGAGAGAGCGAGAGCGAGCUAUAGGAGGACGAGCCGUUCAGUCGGUCAGUGUUCGGACGGGGGACUACAGACCGCUGUUUUGACACGCUCCGAUUUAACUGUGAUCCUAUCUUCAACCCAACAGAAAACCCCAUGGACUUUGUUUGACAGAGACGUCUGCCAUUCAGCGUGAACCACAGCUACAGGAAACAUGAGGCCCGGCUAUGUGGGCUCUGGGCUCCUGACCCUGCUUGGUCUGUUUCUAGCUGUGGACGCCCUGUCUCUCAUCAGAGCCCGAGAAAGAGAUAUUACAGCAAGCGGCACAGAGGGGAGGAGAGACAGGAAGCAGGACGACAGAACAACCAAUGAGAGGACAUGGCUGAACCGGGUGAAGAGAGGAUGGAUGUGGAACCAGUUCUCCAUCCAAGAGGAGUACACAGGAACUGAGUACCUGUAUAUUGGAAAGCUUCAAUCGGACAUGGACCGGGGGGAUGGCACGGUGAAGUACGUGCUGUCUGGCGAUGGGGCAGGCAGUGUUUUUGUCAUCGAUGAGAAUAACGGGGACCUCCAUUGCACCCGCCGCUUGGACCGUGAGGAGAAGGCCUACUACACGCUGCGGGCCACCGUGGUCAACAAGCGCACAGGGCACCAGCUGGAGCCCGAGACGGACUUUGUGAUCAAGCUUCACGAUAUCAACGACAACGAGCCCCAGUUCAGCCAGGAGGUUUACACUGGGAGUGUGCCGGAAAGGUCUGAGAUAGGCACAUCCAUCAUUCAGGUGACGGCUAAUGAUGCUGAUGACAGCAUGUAUGGGAACAGUGCCAAGCUGGUGUACAGCAUCAGCCAGGGACAUCCCUACUUCUCCGUGGACCCCAACACCGGUGUGAUCCGCACAGCGCUGGGCCCAAGGGACAUGGACCGGGAGCAGAGGGAGACCUACCAGGUGGUGAUCGAAGCCAAGGACAUGGCCGGGCAGAGGGGGGGGCUGACCGGGACGGCCGUGGUCAACAUCACCCUGACGGACGUCAACGACAACCCCCCGCUGUUUACACAGAGUAUAUUUCAAUUCAGUGUCCUGGAGUCAUCCCAAACAGGCACACCUGUGGGCCGGAUCCGAGCCACAGACAAAGACAUCGGAGAGAAUGCAGAGAUGUUCUUCACCAUCGCCAGUGGGGACGGCAUGGACAUGUUCGACAUCUCUACAGACCAGGCCACCCAAGAAGGAGUCAUUAGCGUCAGCAAGCCGUUGGACUACGAGAGGAAGCGCUCCUACACGGUGGAGAUCCAGGUCCAGAACACCAAGGUGGACCCCCGCUUCUCCUCCCCCGACCCCAAGGGCGUGGCCACGGUGCGCAUCGGCGUGGAGGACGUGGACGAGGCGCCGCUGUUCAGCGCGGCCAGCUACCUGAUGGAGGUGAGGGAGGACGCCGCGCCGCGGGCCGCCGCCGGCUCCGUCAGCGCCCAGGACCCUGACGCCGCCCACAGCCCCCUCAGGUACUCUAUUGACCGCCGCACGGACAUGGACCGCGUGUUCGACGUCCACCCCGGAAACGGAUCCGUCUUCCUGCUCAGGAGCCUGGACAGAGAGGAGAACGCCUGGCACAACAUCUCAGUUAUUGCCACAGAGUUCAACAAACCUCUUCUGACCAGUCAUGUGCCGGUCUUCAUUCGCCUCUUGGACAUAAACGACAAUGCUCCCACCUUUGCCACCGCCUACGAGACCUUUGUCUGUGAGAGGACCAAAUCAGGACAGCGCAUUCAGACGGUGAGCGCGGUGGACGCUGAUGAGCCGGCCUCAGGCCACCGCUUCUUCUUCAGCCUGGCUCCCGAGGGAAUUCAUCACAGCAACUUCACAGUACGCGACAACGGAGACAACACUGCAGGCAUCCUCACACGGCGCUCCAGUUACAACCGCCAGCUGCAGAGUGUCUACCUGGUCCCUGUGGUGAUCACCGACGGGGACUACCCCAUGCAGAGCAGCACAGGCACACUGUCGGUGCGCGUUUGCUUGUGCGACCGCCACGGGAAAAUGGAGGUGUGCAACACAGAGGCCCUGACCAGCUCGGCUGGCAUCAGCACCGGGGCACUCAUCGCCAUCCUCCUCUGUGCCAUCAUACUCCUGAUGAUCGUGGUGCUGUUUACGGCGCUGAGGCGGCAGAGGAAGCAGGAGCCGCUGAUCGUCUCCAAGGAGGACGUACGGGACAACGUGGUGAGCUACAACGACGAGGGCGGCGGCGAGGAGGACACGCAGGCGUACGACAUCGGGGCCCUGCGGCACCCGGAGUCGGCCGCCGACGCCCCGGAGGACUCGGCCAAGCAAAGGCGGGACAUCCUGCCCACCGGCAGCCUCCUCUACCCUCGCGGCCGCGGCGGUGCCCCGGGCCCCUCGUGCCGGGUCGGCGUCGCCCAGGCCGGUGCAGCGGCGGCGCGGGACAAUGCCGACGUGCGGGAGUUCAUCAACCAGAGGGUGCUGGAGAACGACUGCAACCCCACCGCGCCGCCCUACGACUCGCUGGCCACGUACGCCUACGAGGGCGCGGGCUCGGUGGCCGAGUCGCUGAGCUCGUUGGGUUCCCUGUCGUCGGAGGGCGAGCAGGACUACCACUACCUGAGCACCUGGGGGCCGCGGUUCAGGAAGUUAGCAGACCUGUAUGGCGCUGAGGACGCCCACUUCUGCUAAUACCAGGGAACUUUGGCAUGGGCACCCACAAACAGGUGUGUGUACGUGUGCAUGCGUCCGUGCUUGUGCGGGCAUGCGUGUAUGUGUGCGGGCAUGCGUGUAUGUGUGCGUGUGUGUGUGUGCAUCUUCAGGAAACUGUUUUAUUGUGAAGAAAAGCAUUAAUCUCACGGAAACAGACGUGGAUGUGAUGCUGGUGUUGGGGCUGCGUAUUGUUAAUUCAACUGUUGAAUAUUGAUUAUGUUGAUCAAAAUUAAUGUACACAUUAUUUGCUUGCUACAGAACAAAAAACAUCCCUUAAAAAUAUAAAGACGAGGGAUUUAAGAAUCUUGAAAGGGACAACUGAAACUUUUAUUCACAACUUUUGUAGCACAUAUGCACAUACACAGCAUCGAUUAAUGGUCUGAUAACCUUCACAAGCCUUUUUACUGUCAUUAUGAUCAACACGGAUUUGUGCAGAAAAAUCAGCCAGCACAGGAUCCCUGCCCCCAAGAUUUUCCUCUGUCUGCAAUAAUCAAAACAAAUGGAUGACAACAUAUUUUAAGCGUGGAUGAAACACCAAUUCAAAACCAAAACCUGACUUGGUUGGCAAUUUCAUUUGACAAUGACAUUUUAUUUGAUUCAGUAUUACAAUUCAGUUAAUAAUUCAGUGAAUUAUUUGAUUUUCAGAGCCUAAUUCUAGCCUUUCUCGUCAACAAAUGGCUGAAUAGGCCUAUGCCUUGAGUUUUAUCUGUUGGUUUUAUGUGAUUCCUUCAGCAAUUUCAGCAGAGAAAAAUCAAGCCAAUCAAGCCUGUGUUUACCAACAUUAAUAUGUGAAGACUUAUUUUGACAAAGUGGCCUUCAGAACCACCCUCCUCCGGCUCCUUGAAGAACAAUACGUCUGGCUGCCAGGAGGGGGGACACAUGACUUUUUAUAUCAUAUGAUCCUCUUUAAUUCACUGUUUUGUCUUAUGUGAAAGUCAUUUCAGGAGAGCAGAGCUGGACCUGAAAGAUUUGUUUAGUUAAAAAAAAAGAAAGUCAUGAAAAAGAAGAGCAAAUGCAAUUGUUAAUUUUGUUAAUGUACUUGCUGCGGUUUUGGUGUUGUUGUACUAUGCUGUACAAUUCUGAAUGUCAUAUAUUCAAACUCACUGUUUGUACUUAUGUGUUUUCUCACAUAAUAACAAAAUAAAUCGAAUUUAAUUUCUGUGUAAAAAAGAUUACUACUUCAAUUAGUUAACAGCAGGUAAAAGUGAAGUGCUUAGGAAAAGCAUCUAAACAAAUGCGUGUUAAAUCUACAAUAUCUUUCCUAAUUUGAUAUUGUUACAGCCUCUCCUUCGUGCAACCCUUUUUUCUAACCACAACUAAAUUCAACGUGCGGGGCAACACACCCACCGGCGGGAGAUCAGCCAAUAAGAACGAAAGGUAGGAGCAUCAAUGGGCCAGCCGCAAUGGGCCGUCUGACCGUAAGCGAUACUCCGUAAACUAUAAAAACUAAACAACGCUAAGCUCACCAAACAAUACCCCAGAAACAGAACUACCACAUCUCCCCCUCAAAGUAACAACAUCUGGUUAACAACAGAACACGUGGACUGGGCUUCGGCAGUGAGCGGCCGGAUUAGUCUUCUCCCUCCAUCCAGAGCGUCGGCACAGAACAGGAAGCAGAUACCAAAGAAGCCCGGGCACCGAUCCGGGCAUCACUUUCAUUCCACUCUCUGGAUGAACCCAUUAAAGCGGGGAAGAAUGCUAGGGAAUAUUAGGAGUGCAUUAACAGAUACCCAUAACAAAACCUCAAAUGUAAAAUCAUAAUUUAUAUAUUGUGAACCAGUGAUGGUGGGACAAGAUUAAUGCAAUGCCAUUUUCAUCAGUUGAAAUUAUUACAUCUUUAUUUCUGGCAGAGAAUUUGCCACAGUAUAUACAGAAUUUGAAUAAUUCUACUGACAAAAUGAAUGAGCCUUACACACAGUUAGCAAAAAUAAUGCACAAAAUAUUACAAUUCUCAACAUUUAACCUAUAUAUUACAUGAUUAUACACUGAAUUAAUUCAAUACUUUAACACUCUAUUUAAUGGAUUUUGCAUAAGAAGCUGGGGAUUAAAGGGCAAAACAUUCUUGGGGAGUUAAAAUUAUUGGAUCCGAAAACUCAUGACAGAAACGUGAUUGAUCUUUACUUUGUAUCCAUUGUAUUUCCAGCUAUUUUGUAUCUAACAUUUGUAAGGCACAAUGACAUUCCUGAAUUCUUUCAAAAAGAAGACCAAACGUCCAGCUUUAAUCUUUUGUCAUUUUGGAAGUGUUGGUGUUUGCAGGCUACUGCUCAUCUUGUAAUGUAAUGUAAUAUAAAUUGUAUAAUUUUAUCAAUAAACUUUUUGCAGUUA